UGUAGGUAAUGAGUACAGCAUUAGCGCUCUGUGUUUGGGUGAUGAUUGAUAAAAAAAUAACUAAUUACAAAUCGUUUUUUUUUUCAAUUUCUUAAUUACAUUGUUGAAUCUUAUGUAAUCGUUUUAAAUAUUUUAUAAUUCGUCACGUGUCGACGGUUUUUACUUGAACGCUUUUUUCCUACUUACAAAUAAAACCGCCUGAUCAGAUUUGUGAAAUCAAUCUUGAAAAUUAAUCGACAAAUCAACUAGACGGUUUUUCGUGAGGCAUUCAAGUUGAUAUCAUCAUGACGUACGCGAUCGAAACGACUUAUGAGGAAUUUCUCAAACUAGAACAAGAAAAAUAUCCCGAAUUAAAUUUGGAAGAUAUCGAAGCGUUGAAAGAACUAGUAGAUGCCAACAAAAAUUUACCACCAGUCAAAGACAAAGAAAUCGUCAUGUUCCUGCACAGUGCCUUUUUCGACGUGAAAAAAGCAUACAAGACUCUGGUGGCCAAUUACAAGUACCGAUCCGAAUUGACACAAAUAUUCAGCAAUACAGAUCCAAUGUCGGAAGAGAUGAAAGAAGUCUACGAAACAAUGAGUUUGUCUAUAGUGACUGUUCCGUACAAAGGUAAGCACGAAAGAUAUGUGUACACGCAAUUCAAAAACGAAGAUCCCAACGUUUUUAACUACGUGAACAGUGUUAAAUACUUCUUUAUGAUGAUGGAAGUGUUAAUUAUACAACACGGAACGUUCGACGGUGUGAUACUCACCAUGAAUGGCAAAGGCCUUAACUGGAGGCAUUUAACAAAAAUCCCAAUGAAAUUGGCCAAAAAUUUAAUGGGCUUUGUACAAGAAGCUCUGCCAGUGAGAUUAAAAGAAGUGCACGUUAUCAAUGCUGGAUCCAUCUCGACCAUGUUGUUUAAUUUAAUGAAACCUUUCAUGUGGGGCAAUUUCCUAGACAGGGUUACGUUAUACUCUGAAGGAUCUGAUGAAUUUUUCAAUCACGUCCCAGUGGAGUUUAUGCCCGAGGAAAUGGGUGGCAGAGGAAAAAGUCACAUGACUUAUUCUGAAGAUACAUACAAUCAUAUGUGUUCAUACCGCGAUUGGUAUACGACGAAAAAUAACUGAAGACACCGACGACGAUAACUGGAUACACGCAUAAUAAAAGUAAUUGGUUAUAAGAACAAAAUUAUUGUUUUGAAAAUUUUAGGAGUCGUAUUCGUAUUUCUGUACUCAGCUACAGGCUUACUACUUCAACAUACUGAUGUGAUUUGGAAAAAUAUGUUUAAGCUAAUUAACUCUUGUGUAAAUAUAUCAAUACAUGUGUUUGUUACCGUUUAUACUUAUGUUUUUUUUAUGUGUUCCUACGCCACAGUUAUUUAUAUUAAUUUUGUUUUAGAAAAUAUUAUGUUUUUUCACACAUUUCAAAUUAAAAUAACUUUACAGGUGCAACCAUAAUAAUUAUAUUGUUGGGGCGUGCGAUCUCGUAGCCUUCGUGGUAAAUACAUAUUAUAAUGGUAACCUUCAAAGUCGAUUAAAUUUAGCAUUUUUAAUAUCACUGUUUUCGGCCAAUCUAUGUUUAUAAGUAUAUAAUUGUACUAUAGUAGUAAUCAGUAGCCAGAUGAUGGGCCAGAAUUUAAUUUGAAGGACUAACUUCCUCUCUUAAGCUUCUAUUUAAAUUAAACAUUUUACUUAUAUUAUUAUAAACAUUUUUAGUUUAUGAAAAAUUAUAAUUAUGUUAAGCUUAAGAACGUGGUAAGUACCUAAGUCUAAAAUGUAAGUACUAUUACUAAUUAUAUACAGAAAUAUGAUCACAGAUAAAAAAUAUACAUACAACGUUCGUUUAGGCUAUUUUUUCCAACCUAUUAUAUCAAGAUGUACACCUAAUCAAACAAGCAUGAUUUAAUACAAGUUUCCUGCAACGAGAAUGGUAGGUACUGUAACUGUAGGCUUUAUAAUGUAAACUGUAUAAACUGUAAACAAUUAUUUAAAUGUACUCAUUAUAAUGUAUAUACUUUAAACGCCACAGGAAAAUUGUUGUUUUCAUUUAUUUCAACUGUUAAAUUUUCGGUUCUACAGACACUGUUUAGUAGAUUACCCGAAGAAAAUCAUGGAAGGUCAAUUUAAAAUUCGUUUGGCAAUGUUAUGUGUUUAUGUUUCAAUACUCCAAGUUUCAGGUGUCGUUACUUUGUACGAAAGAAAAACUACCAUGGAAGAAUUUUUCUCCGGAGAACAUGAGAAAUAUCCACUGCUGCUGAUGGACGACGUCAACAAGUUGGAUGAACGUGUAAAAGCCAAUAAAGAUGUUGACAAGUUGUCUUCUAAAAUUA